AUGGCGAAACAACGAUCAUCACCACCCUCGCUCCGGCGACACCCCUCCGUCCUCACGGCCGCGGCCGCAGCGGCAACAGCCCUCUACCUGCCCCUCGCCUCCGCCUCCCAACCCGGCGCCGCGUCUCCCGUCCCCGCCCCGAUGCGCGACCUGACCUGGGGCCAGGUCAACUUCCUCCACACGACCGACGUCCACGGCUGGCUCGGCGGCCACCUCCUCGAGCCGCAGUACUCGGCCGACUGGGGCGACUACGUCUCUUUCGCGGAGCACAUGCGCCGCAAGGCCGACGAGCAGGGCGUCGACCUCCUCGUCGUCGACACGGGCGACCGCGUCGAGGGCAACGGCCUCUACGACUCCUCGUCCCCAAAGGGACUCUUCACCUAUGACAUCUUCAAGGAGCAGACCAUCGACGUCAUCUGCACAGGCAAUCACGAGCUCUACCAGGCCGACGCCGCCCAGCGCGAGCACGACAUUACGGUGCCAAACUACCGGGAAAACUACAUCGCGAGCAACCUCGACUACAUAGACCCCAAGACGGGCGACCGCGUGCCGCAGGCGCAGCGGUACCGCAAGUUCAAGACCAAGAACCAGGGUCUCGAGGUCGUCGCCCUCGGCUUUCUCUUCGACUUCACCGGCAACGCCAACAACACCGUCGUCCAGCCGGUCGAGGACACAAUCAAGGAGGAGUGGUUCAAGACGAUGCUGCGCGAGGAGAAGCCCGACCUCUUCGUCGUCAUCGGGCACGUUGGCCUGCGCAUGCCCGAGUUCAAGGCAAUCUUCACCGCCAUGCGCAAGGAGGCCUGGUUCGCGCCCAUUGCCUUCUUUGGCGGCCACGCCCACGUCCGCGACGCCCUCUCCUUUGACAGGGAGGCGUACGCCAUCGCCAGCGGUCGCUACGGCGAGACCAUCGGGUGGAUGUCGAUCAACAACGUCAAGAAGAAGUCCAAAUCUACCACCGCCGACGGCGAGGUGUCGGACGAGGCCGCGGCAUCAGUCUCCUUUUCCAGAAAGUACAUUGACAAUAACCUGCUGGGCCUGUACCACCACACCGGCCUCAACGAGACGACCUUUCCGACAGAGCACGGCAAGAACGUCAGCAAGCUCAUCACAAAAGCCCGCAAGGCCCUCGACCUGGACUACAAGUACGGCUGCGCGCCCCAAGACCUAUGGGUGAACCGAGCCACGUACCCGGGCAACGACAGCAUCUUCACCUGGCUCGAGACGCAAGUGCUCCCCGACGUGAUCCACAAGGACGACAGAAAAGACGUGCCCCGACUGGUCAUCGUCAACACGGGCGGCCUCCGCUUCGACAUUUUCAAGGGCGCCUUCACAAAGGACAGCACCUACAUCGUCUCCCCUUUCACGAGCACCUUCAAGUACAUCCCUGACGUCCCCUACCCCGUGGCCAAGCGCGUAAUCGAUCUCCUCAAUAAGGCCGGCAAGAUCUUUGAGGAAACAAAUACGCACGAUGCCCGCUUCAUGAACAUCCCGGAGAUGAUGUACCCCAAGGACGACGUCGUCAUGCUCAAGACAAAGGAGAAGGAGACGGAGGGCGAACCCCGCCGCCUGGAACUCCGCCACGCGUCCGACGACCAGCAACCGCUAUCCGAUGGGAACGACAAGUCCAAGAAGCCAGACCUCAUUGGCGGAUACACCACCAAAGACGACAUCGGCACCGACGGCGACGACACGGAGCACUCACCCAUCACAUUUUACGAAGUCCCCAACUGCAUCCAGACCGAAAUCGGGUUCCCCAAAGAGGGUGAGCCGGAAAAGGUGGACCUCGUCUUCAUCGACUUCAUCUUGCAGUGGAUCAUUGUCGCGCUCAAGUUCAGCGGCGGCGAAUACAGCGAGAAUGACGUGUUGACCUGGUCCGACGAGACGCUGACGUACAAGAUGGGCGAGUGGAUCAAGGAGAACUGGAAGGGAGACUGCUAA